AUGGAACUAGGUGUAAAGUUAACAAGCUAUUCUAUUAUGUUGUUUUAUUGUGCUAGUUCACCUUCUAUUUCCUUUACUAGGAGGAAAUACGACAACACCUUUUGCAGUUACACCGCCAACAGGUAAGUUAUUGAAAAUUGUAUAGUUGUUUAAUAUAAUUUUUAGCAACAACACCAGAAGAAAAUACGAAAACACUUUCUCCAGCUACAUCACUUACACCAACAGGUAAGUUAUUGAAAAUUGAAUGGUUAGAAAAAAGAGGUUUACUUUUUGUUUGCUGGUUUACCUUCUAUUUGUUUAAUAUAAUUUCUAGCAAGAACACCAGGAGGAAAUACGACAACACUGUCUCCAGUUCCAUUACCUACACUAACAGGUAAGUUAUUGAAAAUUUAAUGGUUAGAAAAAAAGAAGUUUACCUUCUGUUUGCUAGUUUAUUUUCUAUUUAGACCGCGAGUAGUCCCUCAGAGAAAGGAGGGACCGCCGACAACACAUCAAGAAACGAAAUAGCCCACUUUUCGCUCUUGUCAAAUUGGCUCCGCCUUGGCAUAAACAUUACUUAUAUCCAAUUAAAUCUAUCCAAUAGGAACCGUUAAUGUCAUAUGUUUAUUUACAAGGUAUACAACAGUGAAAACAUGUGAUUCUGACUAGUAUUUUUUAUCCGAUUCGUAUUUGCUCAUUUUGUAUCUAUUUGGCAUGAAGAACAUAUCAUUCAACAGCUAAAAGCCUGAUCUUUCCGAAGAUGAAAAAAUCUCGUUCAUACGCAGUAAUUCAGACACAAUAGCGCGCUGAAGUUCUUAUUUUGACACACUCUGUAUAAAAUCAACAUUCACUCUGAAAAUUAUUUAUAGCGCAAUUGCUACAUAUCAGAUUUGAUUGACGGGCGUAUCGAUUUCGACCAAUGGGAAUUUUGCGUUGUGUGGGCAACGCGGAUUUCAUCUCUUGAUGUGUUGUCUGCAGUCCCUCCUUUCCUUUCGCAUGCCCAGAAAUCUAAACCCGCGGAAAGGAGGAACCGCUCGCAGUCUACCUUCUAUUUGUUUAAUGUAAUUUCUACCAACAAGACCAGGAGGAAAUACCACAACACCUUCUCCAGCUACACACCUACAACAACAGGUAUAAAUACUUGAAUAUUGAAUGGUUAAAAAAUAAAUUAAAUCUUCGGAAAAUCCUUCUGAUCGCGUAUACCUCAGUCGUGCAGGACUGGUACAAUUAAGCUGGAUUAGCGCUAACCCGGCCUGGUUAAAAUUUAACCCGCUGUUUUGGUUUGCGCACAUUUGCACUUCUGUUUAUUUCAAACCUUUGGAAAAUAAAACUUCUAUUGAUUCAUGCAUGAAUUGUGGAAAACUAUCCUCAUGUUUCUAAAGAGCCUGGUGGGAAGAUUGCUUUGAGAUUGGCGUUAACCUAGCAUUAGGCUGACUAGCUUUUGAAAAAAUUAUCCUUGUUUAAUUGUGUGGUAAACUAGUUUGUAGUAACCUGGUUUGUUUAAUAUAAUUUCUAGCAACAUCAACACCAGGAGGAAAUACGACAACACCUUAUCCAGCUGCACCAACAGGUAAGUAUACUUGAAGACUCGUUGUUGAUCACCAUUGUCGAUACCGACCUUGACGUGAAUUACUUUUUCUUUGCCAAAUUUAAUAGUCAGCUAUCUUUAAAUUUUGCCCAUGAUAACGAUACGAGGUAAAGCCUAGUAUUUUUAGGUCUGAUAAAACACGCAUUGCGAAGGUUCUAAAUUGCUUAAAAAACGACCGAUCUAGUAAGUUCAUUGGCGAAGUAAUUUUUAACAAAUACGUUGUGUAAGUCGCGAAAUUCAAUGUUAAACUUUACUUAAAUUAAGGGAAAUCUCUAUCACAUAAGAUACGGCACGAUUACGAUUUUUCUUUGUGUUUCUUCAUGAAUUAUCAAUAAUGAUAAUUCAAACUCUAAUUCGAUUAUUCAAACUCUGAACUACUUUUUACCUACAACUUUGUAAACAUCAGGAUUCUGUUCGCAUCUCACUCGAUUAAAUAGCGCAAAAAAAUUAAAACAAUGUUCGUGUUGCCAUGGCUAACAUUACACGUCUUAUACGAGCAACGCGAGCGUGCAUUCAGCGCUGGCGCAAUUAAGACUACUUCUUUUUGAAAUAUGUUGUCGAGGCCCGCGCGUGGAUACUGAUGCAUGCAUGUAUUUCUAGUUGCAAUGGUAUAAAUAUGCAGCAGUAUGAAAUGAUGGAAGGUGUAUAAAGUUAACAAGCUAUUCAAUUAUGCUGUUUUAUUGUGCUAGUUUGCCUUCUAUUUUCUUCACCAGGAGGAAAUACGACAACAUCUUUUACAGCUACUCCACCAACAGGUAAGUUAUUGAAAAUUGAAUGGUUAAAAAAAUUAAGUUUACCUUCUCUUUGCUAGCUUACCUUCUAUUUGUUUAAUAUAAUUUCUAGCAACAACAUCAGAAGGAAAUAGGACAACACCUUCUCCAGCUACAUCACCUACACCAACAGGUGAGUUAUUGAAAAUUUAAUGGUUAGGAAAAAAGAAGUUUACCUUCUGUUUGCUAGUUUACCCUCUAUUUGUUUAAUAUAAUUUCUACCAACAACACCAGGAGGAAAUACCACAAAAUCUUCUCCAGCUACAUCACCUACAACAACAGGUACUUAUACUUGAAUAUUGAAUGGUUCAAAAAUAAAUUAACUCUUCAGAACAUCCUUCUGACCGCGUAUACCUCAGUCGUGCAAGACUGGUACAAAUAAGCUGGAUUAACGCUAACCCGUCCUGGUUAAAAUUUAACCAGCUGUUUUGGUUUGCGUACAUUUCCACUUCUGUUUAUGUCAAACCUUUGAAAAAUAAAACUUCUAUUGAUUCAUGUAUGACUUGUGGAAAACUAUCUGCAUGUUUCUAAACAGGCUGGUGGGAAGAUUGCUUUGAGAUUGGCGUUAACUUAGCAUUUAUAAGCUGACCAGCUUUUGAGAAAACAGUCCUUGUUUAAUUGUGUAGUAAACUAGUUUGUAGUGACCUGGUUUGCUUAAUAUAAUUUCUAGCAACAUCAACACCAGGAGGAAAUAGGACAACACCUUCUCCAGCUACACCAACAGGUAAGUGUACUUGAAGAAUCGUUGUUGAUCACCAUUGUCGAUAUCGACCUUGACGUGAAUUACUUUUUCUUUACCAAAUACGAUAGUCAGCUAUCUUUAAAUUUUUUGCCCAUGAAUACAAUUAUUUUAUUUUCUAUUUAAAACAUGAGCAGCAGUGUUUUAUCAGAUAUAAAGAUACGAGGCGAAGCCGAGUAUCUUUAGGUCUGAUAAAACACGCACUGAAGGUUCUAAAUUGCUUCAAAAACGAUCGAUCUAGUACGUUCAUUGGCGGAGUAAUUUUUAACAAAUACGUUGUGCGGUAAGUCGAGAAAAUCAAAGUUAAACUUUAUUUAAAUCAAGGGAAAUCUCUAUCACAUAUAGAUACGACACUCUAAUGAUUUUUCUUUGUGUUUUCCUCACGAAUUAUUAAUGAGUUUUUGAAAUUAAUUUACAACUGUGUUAACUGGAACUCUAGCUAAACUACUUUUUAUACCCACAACUUUGCACGUAUCAGGAUUCUGUUGGCAUCUCACUCGAUUAAAUAUGUAGUAGUUGACGGGGUUUUAUAGAUAGAAAUUACCGAGUGUAAAUUUUAUAUAAAGGAAUAUCAGAUUAUUGCUAACAUGAUUUCUCUUUUAACGCGUACUUUCUUUGGUGUUUGCCACAAGCAGGGGAAGGAUUUCUCAUAUACAACGCUGAUCAUGGGAAAUGCAUCACAAUUGAAAAUGAAAACAUCACCUUAAGAUCGUGCAAGCCGCUGACAGGUAAUCAAAGGUGGCGGUGGACACAAUAUAACCAACUUCAAAAUAUUAUCAAUCAAACAUGUCUCAGCGCACCUGAAACACCAGUAAACUGGGUCCUUUUGAAAUUGUCCACGUGUAAUCGCCAUGACAAAAAUCAAGUGUGGGUGUGCGUAAAUGAAACCAUCAGGUUAAAUGGUACAAUACUAAAUGUGAAUUAUGGCAAUCCCCGAGGAGGAGACAAUGUUGUGUUGUACGAUGGGACUAGGCGCUGGAGUAAGUGGAAGGUCUAUGAUGAAGACAUACGUGUGUGCGAAAAAUGGAAAGGUAUAUUGAAGAUAAGUAUAGAUGUCAUGCGUUGCACGCUUGAAUCAUUUCCAGGAGCAAGUUUUCAUUCGACAAUUGUUAGGGCAUGUGCACGCGCUUUUAAAUUUUGCGUGCCUGGUCUGGGUCCCGCAACGAUUAUACGCGAGAGAAUAACGGUCGCAACCUGGUCGCGCGUAAAAUCUUUAAAUUCUCUCUGA